GUGCAGUUCCGGGAUAUGGAACUACUUCAUUGGAACAGGCCAGGAAGGAACAAGCGUUGAAUUGUGCAAGGAUACAGAGGAGUUACACGUCGCUAGCAGGUGCACGAUAGCUUCGUGAAUUUUCAAGUCCUGAGAGAGACGCGUCAUGGCGCCGCAUUCAGCGUUUUCCUGUUUUCGUUCAUUGUGAGCAACACGUCGGUCGCUCGUGUUCACAUGUGACGAAUGUCACGGUUCUGGAACUCCUAUUUCACCUGACUUUGGAGUAACUGCAGUCUUUGGAUCGAGAAGACAGCACUCUCGCAGCCAGUAGUACCAUGUCAGGCACUUAUACUCCAGCCCCUGGUGGGCCCUUUUCAGCUCUAACUCCAAGCAUGUGGCCUCAGGACAUUUUGGCAAAGUACUAUCAAAAAGACAACUUGGAACAGAAUGAACUCAAGUAUGAUGAGUUUGGCUUCAGGCUGGACAUCGACGAGACUGAUCCAAGUCCUUGGCUAGGCACUGAAAGCUCACCACAACGUGAAAAUCCUCAGCAGAGAUUGCGGUGGCAGGCACAUUUGGAGUUCACACAUAAUCACACAGUGGGUGACCUCACCUGGGAGCUCAUUGCACCUGUCCUUCCACGGUCCGAACGCCUGCGGGGGCUCGUACUGGGCGGCAUCCCUCAUAGCAUGAGGCCACAGUUAUGGAUGCGUCUGUCUGGAGCCCUCCAGAAGAAGAGGACAUCUGAGAUCUCGUACAAAGAAAUCAUCAAGAACAGUUCCAAUGAUGACACCUCUACAGCUAAACAGAUAGAGAAGGACUUGUUGCGGACGAUGCCCACCAACGUGUGCUUCAAUAACCUCAAAAGUGUCGGCGUGCCAAGGCUGCGACGGGUACUUCGAGGUCUGGCCUGGCUUUACCCUGACAUUGGGUACUGUCAGGGAACCGGAAUGGUGGUUUCCUGUCUGUUACUCUUCAUGGAGGAGGAGGAUGUGCUAUGGAUGAUGUGUGCCCUAAUUGAAGACCUCCUCCCACCGUCAUACUUCUCAUCCACCCUGCUGGGUGUCCAAACAGACCAGAGGGUGCUUCGUCAGCUUAUUGUUCAGUACCUGCCGGCCCUUGACCGCCUUUUGCAGGAGCAUGACAUUGAGCUAUCUCUGAUCACAUUACACUGGUUCCUGACAUCCUUUGCCAGUGUGGUGGACAUCCGUUUACUCCUCAGGAUCUGGGACCUCCUCUUCUACAUGGGCUCCCUCGUGCUUUUUCAAAUCACUCUGGGCAUGCUCAAGAUCAAGGAGGAGGAGCUCAUAUCUUCAGAGAACUCUGCGUCCAUUUUUAACACGCUGUCUGACCUACCAAGCCAGUUGAGGGAUGGGCCUGCAGUUCUUGGUGAGGCGAUGAGGCUGGCGGGGAAUCUGUCACAGGACACGUUGGAUGCCCAUCGGCGCAAGCACCUUGCAUACAUCCUGAACGAACAGACACAGCUGAACAGUGGAAGCACACCACUCAAUUCCAAUCUCAACAAGGUGCUGAGGAGACAGUCCCUGCAUAGAAAAUCCACUCUUAGUUCUUUGCUGUUUGGGGAGGAUGAGGCCGACGCUCUCAAGUCCAAGAACAUUAAGCAGACAGAACUGGUGGCAGCCCUUCGGGAGGCCAUAACCCGCACUUCAGAGCAUUUCCAUUGUCUGGACCCACGCCACUCCAGCUCUGAGCUGACCCCCGACUACUCCAUGGAGAGUCACCAGCGGGACCAUGAAAAUUUCCUCGUCGUGUCCCGAAACCGUCGACGACGAGCCAAGGCUUUGCUGGAUUUCGAGCGCCACGACGACGACGAGUUGGGCUUCAGGAAGAAUGACAUCAUCACUAUUGUCUCACAGAAGGAUGAACACUGUUGGGUUGGAGAGCUCAAUGGACUUCGAGGCUGGUUCCCUGCAAAGUUUGUCGAGAUCCUAGAUGAAAGAAGUAAAGAGUACUCACUCGCAGGGGACGACUCAGUAACAGAAGCUGUGACCGAUCUCGCCAGAGGGACACUGUGUCCUGCCCUGAAAGCCAUCUUUCUCCAUGGCCUCAAGAAACCCUCCAUUUUGGGGGGGCCCUGUCAUCCGUGGUUAUUCAUUGAAGAGGCAGCCAGCAGAGAGGUCGAGAGGGACUUCAACUCUGUCUACUCCAGACUGGUGUUGUGUAAAACCUACAGGUUAGAUGAAGAUGGGAAGGUUUUAACACCAGAGGAACUCCUUUACAGAGCAGUGCAGUCAGUCAACAUGAGCCAUGAUGUAGCUCAUGUACAGAUGGAUGUCAAGUUCAGGUCUCUUGUCUGCGUUGGCCUCAAUGAGCAGGUGUUGCACUUGUGGCUGGAGGUUCUGUGUUCCAGCAUGGCAGCUGUAGAGAAAUGGUAUCAUCCGUGGUCGUUUCUACGCAGUCCAGGAUGGGUUCAAAUUAAAUGUGAACUCAGGGUCCUUUCAAAGUUUGCCUUCAGUCUAUCUCAAGAUUGUGAAUUACCUGAGCAAAAAGAGGAGAAGGAGCAGAGGCCACUGAAGGAGGGUGUGCAGGACAUGCUGGUGAAACAUCAUCUCUUCAGCUGGGACAUUGACGGCUAGACAAACACUAAACAAAACUGCAACCUAAUUGGUGUGGGUGUCAGUGUCUGAACUGUCUUUUUGUCUGAUUAUUGGACACAUUAUGAGGUUUAUUGUCAGACAAUGGUAACACAUUUCAAGGACUGCAAAACCCCAGUUUACUCACAUGGGUGUGCAUUAACACGCAUCCUGUUUUUGUUCAAUGUGGUAUUGAGAGAUAUUUUGUCAAGUUUUACGAUGGUCAAACUGAGCAAGUAGUGCAGAAUAAUCUGUAGCCAGUGGACUGCAGCACUUUAUUUUAGCUAUUUCCCCCCCCCCCCCCCCCCCAAUGGUUUUGGUGGAAGGUGACCUCAAGGACAAUUUCAUGUGAAGUGCAGCUGGAGGUUCUUUCACACUCAUUGACUU